AUGCCUCCAAAAUUUGAUCCGACUGAAGUCAAAACUGUAUAUUUAAAAUGUGUUGGAGGAGAAGUUGGUGCUACAUCAUCUUUGGCUCCUAAAAUUGGUCCCCUCGGUUUGUCCCCUAAAAAAGUAGGAGAUGACAUUGCUAAAGCUACAGCUGACUGGAAAGGUUUAAAGAUUACAGUUUGUUUGACAAUUCAAAAUAGGCAAGCCACAAUUAGUGUUGUACCAUCUGCAGCUUCUCUCAUCAUCAAAGCCCUUAAAGAACCACCAAGAGAUAGGAAAAAAGUUAAGAACAUUAAACAUAAUGGUAAUUUAUCAUUUGAUGAAAUAGUUCAAAUAGCUAAAACCAUGAGGCCUAGAUCAAUGUCAAGGAAAUUAGAAGGAACGGUAAAAGAAAUUUUAGGAACUUGUCAGUCUGUUGGUUGCACAGUCGAAGGAAGACCUCCACAUGAUGUCAUUGAUCAAAUAAAUGGUGGCGAAAUUGAAAUUCCUGACGAAUGA